GUCGCCCGACCAAGCUCGGCUCUCAAAGAGGAUCUCGAGGCCUCCGAGCGCGCUUACGAGACGGUUGGCCUGCUUCCAGCAAAGCGGACGGCAAGAAGGCAAGGCACCGGCUGGCAGCUGGACCUGCUGAGCAGCGUAUGGUCAGCGCCAUAG